UACAUUUUCAGUACCAUGUAAAUCAUCGGAACGAACAGACGGUCGUUGCCAUACAGCAAAUUUAUAACGAACAUCACUUUUCAAUUUCUUUGCAACGUCACCGCGCAUCACCAUCGGCAUCGCUUUUUCCGUUGUGCAAUAAAAGCUACAAAAUAUCAACAGUAUAAAAUCGUUGACCUCGUCAGCUUCUACUAGUCAAGAUAUUGUGUAACAAUAUUGCUAUCCGUGAAUAGAAAUAAAAAUGUUAAACGUAAACCUAUGUUUAAUCUCUAUUUUGAAAUGCAUUCUAAUGCUGCAAAUACUCAAGUACACAGAUCUACCCGUCACCGCAUCGUCGAACAGAGUAAGAAUAUACGUAAAUGUGUCUGAAGGAACAUUAGUCGGCAUCGGCGAGAAAAGCAUCUAUGGUUCUUACAAUGCCUUUCGUGGAAUACCAUAUGCUAAACCUCCAGUAAAUGAUCUCAGAUUUCAAGAUCCGCAACCACCAGAACCAUGGUUCGGCGACAGAGACGCUUCGUUUGACAGAAACGUCUGUCUUCAGGAAGUGCCAAUCUUGCACGCAGUCUUAGGCAAUGAAGACUGUCUUUAUUUGAACGUGUAUACCAACGAUAUGACGCCUUCAAAGAAAAGUGCUGUGAUGGUGUGGAUACAUGGUGCAAGCUUUUUUAUGACAGACAGCACCUCGCGUAUUUACGGUCCCGAUUAUAUCAUGCGGAAAGAUGUGGUACUCGUUACUCUGAAUUACAGAUUAGGUGUUCUAGGUUUCCUUAUUUAUAAAAAAAUGGCGACAGGAAAUCAGGGUUUAAAAGAUGUAGUUAUGGCGUUAAAAUGGGUUCAAAGAAAUAUAUUGCAAUUCGGUGGAGAUCCCGAUAACGUCACAAUUUUUGGACAAGGUGCGGGUGGAGUGAUGGUUCACUAUUUGACCAUUUCACCGUUAGCUAAAGGUUUAUUUCAUAAAGCAAUAUGUCAAAGUGGCGCUGCGACUGUUCCUUGGGCUUUCACUGAACGAGACGAUGCUAUCAAUAACGGUCUGAUGUUAGCCCAGAAACUUGGUAAUGCGACUUCAGAUCCGGAAGUCGCCUUGAAAUUUCUGAAAAACAUAGACAGAAGAAAAUUGAUAAGAACAGAAACGGAGUUUGGCUUACAAUUAGAUGUUUGGCUUGCAUUUACGCCGACCGUGGAUUCCGAGUCAUCGAAUCCAUUUUUACCAAAAAAUCCAUUGCAAUUAUUACGUAAUGGAAUUAAAGUACCAAUCAUGUUCGGAUAUAAUAGCCAGGAAGGCAAUUUUUUCGUAGGUACCAGUGCUCCCAGCCGGAUAAACAACAAGACUAUUAAAAAAAUUAAUUCUGACUUCAAGAAAGCCAUAUAUCCUAAAGUUUUGCGUCAAUUACUACAACUAGGGAUCACGAUAUCGGAAUUACGAUUAUUGUAUUUUGGUAAUCACAAUGUGUCAGAGAAAUCUAUAAUGAGUCUUUCUGAUUUUAUCGGCGAUCAGUAUAUCUAUAGAGGCAUUAUUCAAGCAAUUGAUAUUCAAUUGAAUUCUAAUGUUAACGGCCCGACUUACUUGUACAACUUUUCGUACAAUAGUGAAUUCUCUAUUUGGAAGAAAGUAUUUUUUGACAAGCCGCUUCCAGGUACAUCUCACUUGGAGGAACUGAGUUAUUUAUUUUAUCCUCAUAUAGUAGAAGAUUUCGAUGUAUUACCAUUUGAACAUGGUACGCCGGAUUAUGAAAUUAUGGAAUACUUAACGCAGAUGUGGACAGAUUUUGCUAAAACGGGAAAUCCAACACCUUCUUCAGCUAAUUUUACAUGGACCCCAGUGAAAAGUAGAACAACGUAUGAUUAUUUAGAUAUUCAUACUAAACCUCAAAUGAAGAUUUUUAUUAAAGGAAUCCAACGAUGGGAUUGGGAGAUACUUAGAUCAUACAAAAGAGUAUACUAAAGUGGAACAAUUUCCAGAUAUAGAAUCAUUCGUUAAUCACACAAACCAUCAUACAGACCUAUAGUAUGAAAUAAAAUAUGAAGAAUUUUAACUAAAAUUGAAUAGCUCUGAAAAAAAAUAUUUAUAUGCAAAAAACUGACAAAUUAACAAAAGACUGACAGUGGGAAACAAUGUGAUGUAUCAAUGGUGACCAAAGCUAAAUCGUUUUUUCAAUUUGCAAUUUUCCUUUUUUUUAAACGCAUUAUCUGUUUAUUAG